AUGGCACCCCCCACCCUCCCUCUCCCGGCAACGGCCGUUGCGUCGUCUUCGGGCGCGCUCCUGGUCGCAUCCGGCACUUCCCUCCACUUUGCCGCCGGCGACAACGUCUCGUCGUCCACCACGCCCAACACCACUGUCCCCGCUGGCCUCGUGCGCAAGGUCGCCCUCAGCGCCGACGGCAAGCUGGCCGUGUCUGCCGGCGACGACAAGCACCUGACUGUGUGGAACAUUGAGGACGGCAAGCUCUCCGUCAGGUCUACCCGCCAGACAGCUAAGAAGGUUGCCUCGAUCGACUUUACGGCCGACAACCAGAUUGUCGUCACUGACAAGGUCGCCGAUGUGUACCUCUAUCCCCUGGACCCGCGCGACGUCGACGCCGAGAAGCGCCCCAAGGGCUUCCUCCUCGCUGCCGACCCGUCGCUCAACCCGGACGCCGACCUGCUCCUGGGCCACGUCUCGGUUGUCUCGCAGCACGUCCUCACGCCCGACGGCAAGCACAUUAUCACUGCCGACCGCGACGAGCACAUCCGCGUCAGCAGGUUCCCCAAGGCCUAUGUCAUUGAGAGGUACCUCUUUGGCAGCGAGGGCUUCGUGUCCGCUAUCCACGUCCCGGCCUCGCGCCCCAACGUGCUGCUGUCUGCCGGUGGCGAGUCGACUCUGCAGGUCUGGGACUGGACCUCGGGUUCGCUCCUCCGCCGCGUGGAGAUUUGGCCCGCUGUCCUCCCCCACCGCCGCGUGCGCCCUCCCGCGCGCCGCGUCAAGAACAAGCACCGCAAGGUCGUCGGUUCGAGUGCGCUGGCCGGCAUCGCUCCCAGCGACGACCCCACCAACGAGGGCUUCUACGUGGCCGUCGAGGGAUCAGUGUACCCGCUCGGCCAGGGUGUGUGUGUUGAGCAGAUUGGCUCCGUGACCGUUGGCGACAACACAGCUGUGGGAGUCUUCUUCUCCGAGGGAUGCGCCGCGCUGCACUCUAUUGUGGUUGACGCUGAGAACCCCGUCGUUGAGACUCUGGCUCUCCCAUACCCCGUGCUGGGCUUCACUACCGUCCCCAGCCAGCCGAGCCAGCUGCUGGUCACCCUCGACACGUCGUUUGGCGUCGCCAAGACUGCGACUGAAAUCGAUGCGGCACGGGCCACGUCGAGCGUCGUGCUCGUCGACGUUGCGGCCGACGGCAAGAUGUCUGACAAUACCGCGUCGUCUUCGCUCGUUGCAUCCCUCCGCGCUGCGCUCUCGGACCCUUCGCUGGACGCUACGCCCACCACGCUCUCGCAGCUGGCACUGUUCCCCAACCUGUCGCUGUUCCCGCGCUGGCCCGGGUUUGAGGAGGACGAGGAGCUUGCUGGCCCCGCUGUGAACACGCCCGAGGGCAAGGCCGAGCUGGAAACGCUCAACUCGCGCCAGCUGGGCCGUCUCAAGGCGCGUGGCGAGGACGUGCAGGACCUGCUGCCCAAGAAGAAGAAGAGGCGAGGACGCAAGGGCGCGGCUGUCGGCGGCGAUGACGCGGAUGCAGAGGGCGAGCCCGACGAGGGUUCCGCGCCUGUGGAUCUGGAGGCGCCCACACACGCCGCGGGUGGUGAGGACGUGGCCGCCAACGUGACAGCGUAA